ACCGAGCGGUGGGACUCUGGCAGUCGCUCGGGGCCGCAGCCCAUGUCGGUCGGGAGGGCAUGGCUCCCUUCCUACUUCUCUUUGUCCUCGUCGUGCAGGCCCCGAGAGGAAUUGAGACGGGCACUGCGGAACCGGAGCCGUCCUCGGUGCCUCUGCCAACCAAUGUUGCGAUCGAGUCCUACAACAUGAAUCCUGUCCUGCAUUGGGAGUACCCAGCCAUGGUGCCAGCUCCUGUUUUCACUGUGGAGGUAAAGAAUUAUGGCUACGGGCUAUGGAAGGCUGUCUGUACGAAUAUUUCUCUCCAUCACUGUAAUAUUUUUAAUGAAAUUUACGAUCCAUUAGAGUCUGUCUGGGCCAGAGUUAAAGCGAGGCUUGGGCAAAAAGAAUCGGCCUAUGUGGAGACAAAGGAUUUCAUUAUCUGCAAAGAUGGGAAAGUUGGACCACCUAAGCUACAUAUCAGAGAAAAGGAAGACAUAAUCAUUAUCGACAUAUUUCAUCCAUUAGUUAUUGUAAAUGGAACAGAGCUGGGAACUGUGUUUGCUUCUGAAGAUACUUGCUACAGCUUCACAUACAACGUAAAUGUGAAAACUAAUGGAAGUAAAGCCGUGUGCAUUACGGUGAAUGAGUGCAAUGAAACGCAGUGUUGGUCCAGUAUCCCGAAGGCCCAACCGAAUACCGAGUACUGCGCGUCAGCAGAAGGCCACGAUAAAAGAUGGAGCGUUUCGACAGAAAAGUCAGAAGAAUAUUGCAUUGUCACUGCAAGUAACAGCUCCAGAGAUUCUGUUUGGAUUCCAGUUGUUUUUGCUACCGUAUUCUUUGUAGUUCUUAUCCUUAUCUCUGUAUUCAUAUAUUGUUACAUUAAGAAGAAACCUUUUAAGAGAAGAAACAACGCAUUACCCAAGUCCUUGCUCACUGUGGUAAAACAUGCCACUUUAGAGACAAAACCGGAAGCAAAAUACAUAUCGCUCAUCACGUCAUACCAGCCGGUUACCUCAGACAGUGAGAGUGUGGUCGGCAAAGAGCCGUUGCCUCCAGCAGCCCUUCCCAGCGUGCACACAGAAGACAGCCCUGCCACCGUGGAGCACACAGAAGUUUCCAGCGAAAUCGUCGUGGUCACUGAAGAAGGUCUUCCUGAUGUGGUCCCCGGGAGCCCUCUGCCUCCAGUGAGAGCGGCGAAUUCUUCCUCUUCAAGUAGCAGCCAGUCUGAGCCCUGCAGCAUCACUGUAAACUCGUAUCACUCCAGAAACGGUUCCGACAGCGGUCUUAUGGGAUCUGGCAGCUUCUUAUUGGAUUCGGAAGCCCCCCCAGACAAUACGGCUGAAGGGAAGCUGGCAGGACAGGCCCCCACAAUGCUAAGAAACACUACCACCUCGUUCGGUUACGAUAAACCUCACGUGCUCGUGGAGUUGCCCGUGGACGACGGCGGGAAGGAGACCUUGAUUGGGUACAGGCUCGCGGCCGAUGCCAACGGGUUUUCAUAGGCAGCUGUGGCACGCCAGCGCGAAGCCUCGCCUUCCCAGACCAGGCUUUCUGCAUGGGGUUUACGAGAGAUCAAGAAUUCUCUUGCUGCGCUUAUUGGUAGCAACCAAUGUCUUGGUUGGGAUCCAAAUGUGAAGAGCCUGUUUGGCAGUUACCUGUCAUCUGAACAUACAAUGACUUUGCUGUUUUUGAAAAAGGCAGAAAUGAAACAUCACAAGCAGAACCUGAGUCCCGUGAAGGUUUCCCUGCAGCUGAGAGUUAGCAGCGAAACCCACGGCCACCACUGCUGCUUCCUGUGAGGGGGUGGGGGCACCCUCCCCCGUGGUGGCCAUGGGGUGCACUAUAAUGCAGCUUUCUUUUCUGUGCCAACAUAGGGUAUUUGUUUUUUAAGUGUUUGUGUACAGCAUUUCUAAGUGCCUAAUUUCAAAAAUUCUGAAAGCUUUUCAAAUUUUUUUUAAACUAACAGAAUGCCCAAAGAAUUUGUAGCUAGAACUAUGCAUAUGUUUAUAUGAGUCCUUGCAAUACAAAGAUUUUUCAAUAAAAUAUUUAAAAAUAUAUGUA